AACAGGAAAGGCAUUAACAUAAUUUCAUAGUCAACGUAUGUUAUUUAUGGUCAUAGUAAUUUACAAAUGGUUACACAAUAAUACUGAAUUUGCUUGCUUAUAGGACACAAGAAAUGGGAACGGAUGGUGCUUGUAAUGUGCCUGUUCUCAGCAUUGGCAGCCGAGUGCAGUGUGAUGGCCAUAUUGCAACGGUGAAGUACAUUGGCCAAGUUACCGGAACAAAAGGUGAGUGGCUAGGCGUGGAGUGGGACGACCCAUCUCGUGGAAAACAUGAUGGAUCCCACAACCAAUCACGUUACUUCAUUACAAGCCACCCAACGUCUGGCUCAUUUGUGCGAUUGGGUAAAAUCAGCACAGGCAUCUCCGUGAGUGAUGCGAUCCAUGAGAAGUAUAGCCAACCCAUCGAUGUAGCCAGCCAGGAGGCAAUGUUUGUUAGAGGUGUGAGAGGAAGUACUAAGGCAGUGGAGUUUGUUGGAGCUGAUAAAAUUAGAAAACAGCAAAGUAAGCUUAACCUCCUUAAAACGGCUGUGUUGGAUCAUAUGUCUGUCUCCUACGUCAGUCCUGAUAGCUUGUUAGAAAAGCACAUGCCAGACAUCACAGAAUUGGACUUAUCAGCAAACCUUUUUACCUCAUGGGAAAUGGUCUCUAUGGCAACAGUGCAGCUGAAGAACCUGAGAAUUCUGAACGUUAGUAACAAUGCAUUAAACUUGCCACCAGAUGAUAUGAGUUUGAUCAGGUGCUUUAGUCAAGUCACAUCCCUCACAAUGAACAGGAUGAGGUAUACAUGGGAGCAGGUACUGUACCUGAUGCCAAUGUUUCCACACCUGGAGCAGCUUUACAUUUCCUUCAAUGACAUCACGACACUGAGUGAUCCCGGAAACAGCAUGGCCUCCUUGCAGUCUCUUGUCCUGGAAGGCAACCCUCUGACCGGAUGGUCGGAAAGCGUUCUCCCACUUGGGGAUCUCCCGUGCCUAACAGAGUUAAAUCUCAAUAGCACAGGACUGACAGAGAUUUCUUUCCCUGGGAGGGAUCGUAAAACAACGUUGUUCGAGCACCUAAAGGUUCUCUACCUGUCUAACAAUGAGAUUGGCAGCUGGAGGGAUGUCAGUGCUCUCGAUCGACUGCAGAGUCUGCAGGAGCUAACGUUCCACUCGAACGCGCUCUCGCGCAUCGUCAACCAGGUGGCGCUGUACGACGAGAUUGUUUGCCGCGUCGCUGGGCUCCAGCUGCUCAAUCGGUCGCGCGAGGACCGGCAGGGAGCCGAGAUCGUCUACGUGAAGAAGUACGGCAGGGAUUGGUUGGCAGCAGGAGGUCGCCGAGAGUCGAAGACGAACAACCCGAGCGCGGAGUUCUUGCUCGAUCAUCCGAGAUACGAGGAACUGAUCGCAAAGUAUGGAGCCCCUGAAGAUUAUGAAUUAAUAAAGGCAGACAGCACACUAAGGAAAAUACUGCUGGAGGUUAUGAUAGAGAGCCCCAAUGUUCCAGAAAUGAAAGCCAUACACAAGAAACUUCCAGGCAGCAUGACGGUACAGAAACUUCGAGGCCUAGUGCAGCGCCUGUACCAUGCUAACCCAGCAUCUCUCAACAUAGCCUAUGUGAGCACUAAGGUGCCGGGCCCCAAUGUCGACUUUGACAAUGACAUGAGGCAGAUGUCAUUCUAUGGCAUAGAGAGCGGAGACACUAUCCUAGUUAAAUGGUGAGAAGACUAGUUGGCUCUAUGCAUUGGGAAGAUGAGAUGGUGAGACAGCAUGGGACAAUUCUCACUGUAUUGGUGAGAUGGUGAGACAGCAUGGUACAACCCUCACUUGCAUCCAUGAGAUGGUGAGACAGCACGAGACAACAUUCACUGUAUUGGUGAG